ACAUAUAAUGAACCGCUCAAACCCAUACUUCAAAACAUAAGAUAACGAAUACUGAUGAUGGAACUAAGUUAUUAUUACAAUUCUGUCAAUCAAGAGGACUGUGAGAUCCUUCCUGGCCCCGUUCAGUGAGACGUCGGGAUUCAUAACAACGCACACAUCAAAACAUGGUCUUGAAACUGAGGCAUGAAAUGAAAGUGAGAUUGUAAUUGUGUUGUUUCAAGCGGCUGUUAGAGACGACUCGCCUCAGAACCAUCCACUGAUAGGUUUUAGCUGUCCCAGUACAACUGACCACAAUCGCAGCAGGAUGUACCCAUUCUCCUGUGACACUUUUGUGGCGCUGCCCCCUUCCACUGAGGAGCAACGAAUCAUCUUUGGGAAAAACUCCGAUAGACCCUGUGAUGAAGUCCAGGAGGUGGUAUACUUUCCUGCUAAAGACUACAAUAAAGAGGAUAAAGUUGAGUGUACCUACAUUGAGAUUGAACAGGCCUCCCACACCUAUGCGGUGGCGUUGAGCAGACCAGCCUGGCUGUGGGGGGCCGAGAUGGGUGCAAAUGAGCAUCAGGUGUGUAUUGGGAAUGAGGCAGUGUGGGGCAGAGACAACGCGGAUGAUGGAGAGGCCCUCCUCGGCAUGGACAUGGUGCGACUUGGACUGGAGAGAGCUGAUUCUGCUGAGAAGGCCAUGGAUGUUAUCACGGAACUGCUGGAGAAAUAUGGACAAGGAGGAAACUGCAUGGAGGACGAGUGCGGCUUCACUUACCACAACAGCUUCCUCAUCUCUGACAGGACCGAGGCUUGGAUUCUGGAGACGUCUGGGAAGUACUGGGCGGCAGAGAGAGUGGAAGAUGGGUAUCGUAACAUCUCCAACCAGUACUCCAUAACCACAAAGAUAGACAAGGAACACCCGGAGAUGAGGGAGUACGCCAGGAGCCGAGGCUGGUGGGACGGGAAGGGACAGUUCAGUUUUGCCGAGGUGUACUCUUUCUUGACGACAGCCAGAAUAGAGGCUUCUGGGAGCCGGUUCUGUGAAGGACGCAACUUAUUGGAAAAGAGCAACGGUCACAUCACCGCCAAGACGAUGAUGGACAUCCUCAGGGAUAAGGAGAGUGGCAUCAACAUGGAGGGGAUGUAUAUGACCACAGGAAGCAUGGUGUCCGUGGUGCCCAGGGACCCUGCUCUUCCUGGGGUGCACUACUUCACCAGCACCCCUGAUCCUGAGCGGUCUGUUUUCAAACCGUUCAUCUUUGUGAACGACAUAAAACAGCUGAAGCACACGUGUUCUCCCUGUUACGGGCCCGACGACCCUGCGAAGAAGAAACCUCGUUUCCAGAGCAAGCCAGAUCGCAAACACCCUCUGUUUCUCAAGCACGAGGUGGUGACGGCCAUCAUUGAAACCACAAAGGAAAAAGGAAAGAUGAUCAUGCAGAAUAUGAGGCAGCUAGAGCAGAAGAAGAUGGCUGACAUGGAGACGUUUCUGUCAAGUGGAGUGGAAGACUCUUCACUGGUGGUGAAUCUGUUCUCAAGCUCUGUCGAGGAAGAGAUGAUUGCAUACAGCAAACCCUGAACACGGUUCGCAUGUCUAACAGCUGAUUCUCACUGGAAGAACCUCUUGAAUUACACAGUAAAAGAAAAAAACUAAACAGAAUUUGAGUGUAGUAUUAGUUCAUCACAGCAUGUUAGGAAUGUAUCAUGUUCUGAAUAAUAAUGAAACCAUAACAGACAGCUGUUACCAAGUUUGUAUAUGAUUGUAUAUAAUAUGCUUUACUCAGAACAGAGACAAAACAAGAAAAGCGAACGAUAUUAAAAAGUCUCCCAAUCAGUCAA